CAAUGCGUCGCAUUAUUUCAAUCGACUUAGCAAUGCUGCUACUGUUGCUAAUGCGCGAAAAUUCAGCAUUCACUAAAUCGAGUUAAUAAGCGCAAAUUUAUGAUUUAUUUAAUCUAAAGGUGAUGUAAUCUUAGUAUACACGUUUAAGCAAAUUGUUUCGAUACAUAAAUCCGAAUACAAAAGACGUGGUACUACAUAUUACUUCAAACAUCUAGUGCAGUGCGCCUAACAAAAUGGACUCUCGCCUACAGAAAAUUUUAAACGACAUUGCAGAAAAGCAUGCAAUUAAAAAUCCAUCAUUUGUGUGCACCUAUGAAACCGGUAAAGGAGAAGGCUACAUAGGAAUUGUAAAAAUGUUUGAAAUCACCGAAAAAAUGAAAAACAUUCAAAAAGACUUAAUUUAAUCAUCAAACAAUCUCCACAAGCAGAUGAAAUUCGUACCAGAUUGCCGGUGCGAAAACUCUUCCUCACUGAAAUUCGAUUCUACAGUAAGAUUGCAAAGUAUCUGAAUGAUUUUCAAGUGGAACAUGGUACAGACUGCUUUCAAUUCGCCAAUUGCAACUGGUUAUGAUGUGAUUGAUCGAACCGUGCCGAUGAAGUAUGCUCAUAUGAAGUUGGCGUUUGAGGAGUUAGCGAAGUUACAUGCUGUGUCAUUCGCUCUAAAACACAAAAAACCUCUGGUAUACGCAGAGUUAAUUGGUACACUCUUCGAUAACGUCAUGUUGCAGUUGUAUAAUCAAAUGGGUUUUGAUAAUUUUAUUAAUAAAUUAGCUUCGAAUUGUAAGAGGAUCUUUGAAGGAACUAAUAUGUAUGAUAAAUAUUGUACAUUUUUUGAGAGAGUUGUCGAAGAGUACCAUCAAAGUAAUAUUCCAGAUGAGUAUUCAACUAUUUCACAUGGCGAUUCAUGGUGUAAUAAUAUAUUAUAUUCGCAUGAUGCUAGUGGUCUCCCAACGUCGGCUAUAUUAAUUGAUUAUCAAAUGUGUAGAGUCCACUCACCGGUUUUGGACCUUUCCUAUCUGUUUUACGGAUGUGCUGACGUCGAACUCUUACCGAGAUUGAAUGAGUUUCUUAAUAUAUAUUAUCAAACUGUGAAGAAGUGCCUGGCAAUGUUUGAAUUGGAUGUGGAAAAUGUGUAUCCACGGACAAAAUUGUUGGAACAUUGGAAGCGGUAUAGUAAAUAUGGUUUUAUUGUAUCGUUUUUAAUGCGUGUUCUUAUGUUGAGUACUGCGGACGAGAGCCCUGAUUUAUCUCUAGCGGCUAAGAAAGAUGGUGAUGUUAUGAUGGCUUUUUUGUAUAAAAUGAAACGUGAACAUGAAUACAAUGAAACAAUGAAGGCAAUUGUCAAGCAUUAUAUCGACGAAAAGUUUUUAUAAUAGAAGCGAACAAUAUAUUCAAUAAUUAAUUAUCUUUCAAAUUGUACAUUGAUGGGUUAGCGCGUUUUUACUUUACUUUGAAAAAUUUUCUAUGUAGGCACUUAAAAUUUUUAUUAAAUAUUGUUUUUUUUUUAAA